CGUGAAGGGCCGAAACUCACGAAAGCUCAUGUCCCCUUCCUGUUGAAUAGACCUCAUCCCUCUCUUCCAUCCCAAUAACCUCAACUUUCUCAUCUACAAUUCAUCACCCUUUCAAAUCCUUCCUCAAACUCACACUAUAGCCAAGAUGUCUAUCCCAGCAUUCUCCGAUAUUGCGAAGCUGUCCAACGAUCUGUUGAACAAGGACUUCUACCACACCUCAGCCGCCACCCUUGAGGUCAAGAGCACCACCGCCAACGGUGUUGCCUUCAAGGUCAAUGGAAAGAGCACCCAGGAGAAGACCACCACCGGCGCUCUCGAGGCCAAGUACACCGACAAGCCAUCUGGCUUGACCGUCACCCAGACCUGGAACACCGCCAACGCCCUCGAGUCCAAGAUCGAGCUCAACGACAACAUCGCCAAGGGCCUCAAGGCUGAGGUUCUCGGCAACUUCUUCCCCUCCACCCAGGCCAAGGGCGUCAAGCUCAACCUGCACUUCAAGCAGCCCAACUUCCACACCCGCGCCUUCUUCGACCUCCUGAAGGGCCCCACCGCCAACCUCGACGCCGUCAUCGGCCACGACGGCUUCCUCGUCGGCGCCGAGGCCGGCUACGACGUCCAGAAGGCCGCCGUCACCAAGUACUCCCUCGGUCUCGGCUACCAGCAGCCCCUCUACACCGCCUCCAUCAUCGCCUCCAACAACCUGAGCGUCUUCUCCGCCUCGUACUACCACAAGGUCAACUCCCAGGUCGAGGCCGGUGCCAAGGCCAUCUGGGACUCCAAGUCCGGCUCCAACGUCGGCCUCGAGGUCGCCUCUAAGUACCGCAUCGACCCCCUGUCCUUCACCAAGGCCAAGAUCAACGACCGCGGUAUCGCUGCUGUCUCCUACAACGUUCUCCUCCGCGAGGGCGUUACCCUGGGUCUCGGUGCUUCCUUCGACACCCAGAAGCUCGAUUCUUCGCCAAACAAGAUCGGCGCUUCUUUCACCUUCGAGGCUUAGAUUAAUACUUGGUGAUGUUGCGAGAGUAGAUGCAUAACUUUGAAAUACUGGCGUGGACGGCUGUGUGGUCCGGUUGUAUUCGAUCUAGCAGAUUAGAGCUGAGGUGUACGGUGUACAUUAGGUAGAGAAAUCUAUCCUUAAU